CCUGGACCCAUUUCGUCUGCCAAACAACAAAAAGACGUAGUUUGUUUUCAUUGAACGGUGAUGAGAAGUGGCCUCUGUCGCGUCCAAGAAUGAGCAUGACAAAGCACGGCGUGGCCAUCCUAUGCGUCUUCCUGUCAGUCACUCUUUUUCCUCAUGCUGCCAGGGCAUUCGCGCCGCCUCUCUCCAACCACGCCCUUCAGCCACACCAAGUGAGCACAAACACACGCCGCAGCCGACGCAUCUGGUAUUGGGAGUGAUCUCUCUCUCUCUGUGUGUGUGUGUGUGUUUGUUCAGGUGCGCAGGACGACGGUCAGCUCCUCGCGUGCGUCCCGGAGAGGCCUCCACUUAUACAUGCAGGAUGUCGCCACCCUGAAGAAGGUGAGUCGCACAGGGAGAACUAGAAAGCGAGAUUAUGUUCACUUGUCUGGCUGGCUGGCUGUCUGUGUGUGUGUGUGUGUGUGCUUUUGUUGCUUGACUUCAGGCCACGUUGAGGAAGCCAACGACGGUCGGCGUGCCAGUGGGUGAGCGUGGCAGGCUGGGCGACGAGGGCGAGUUCGGCAAGAAGGAGGGUGAGGCAUCGAUCGUCUUCAUCGCGGGCUUCGAGUCAUUCAACCUCGCCCUCUACCGGGAGGCGGCCCGGAGGAUCAAGGAGGUCAGUCAGACGCUACGCUCGAGUGGAUGGGUGGCAUGACAUACAGGUGUGUCUGUGUCUGUCUGUGUCUGCCGUGUGCAGGUCUGUCCGUCUCUGAAGGUCCAUGUGAUGACUGACCGCGACGUGGCUGGCCGGCCUGACGAUGUAGCUGCCGCCCUCCGCACAGCAGAUGCCGUCUUCGUCUCGCUUAUUUUCGACUUUGACCAGGUCGGCGCGACACACAUAUACACAGACACGGAAGAUGCAUGCCGAAUUCCAUCCCUCCCUCCCUGACGCUUACCCCAUCUGUUGUCCUUCCCAUUGAUUGUCCACAGGUGACGUUCAUUAAGGACCGCAUCGGUCAUAUCCCCCUUCGGAUGAUUUUCGAGUCGGCCCUCGAGCUGAUGAGUGAGACCAGCGUGGCGUCGUUCAACAUGAAGGGUCGGGGUGAGGGCCCCGCCGGCCCCCCGCCGGCCGUCAAGGCCCUCCUGCGGCAGUUCGGCAACAAGCGGGAGGAGGACAGGCUAGCGGGCUACCUGAAUUUCCUCAAGGUCGGGCCCAAGCUGCUGCAGUACGUCCCUGGUGACAAGGCCAGGGACCUGAGGAGCUGGCUGGAGAUCUACAGCUACUGGAACCAGGGCGGGCUGGAGAAUGUCGUCAACAUGUUCCUGUACAUCGGCAGGAACUUCCUGCUGCCUAAGGAGAAAGUGCCGGCGCCUGGUAGGCGGCAAGUGACAGGACAGAGAGAGAGAGAGAAAGAAGGACAGGUGUAUUAUGCCUGGGGUGGGUGCGUUGACAUUCCAUGGCUGUGUGUGUGUGUGUCUGUAAGGCGCCUUGCGCGAGACGCCCACGGUGGGCCUGUAUCACCCGUUUGCUGAUGACUAUUUCUCGACGCCGGCAGAGUACCUCAAGUGGUGAGCGCAGACACACCGAAUGGCCUGAUGCUGAUCACUGACUGCCCUCAUGUGUAUGCCUGUGUAUGCCUGUCUGUCAGGUAUGAGUCCGAGAAGGGUUUUGACGCCGCCCUCGCGCCACCGGGGUCGCCGAGAGUCGCCAUUCUGCUCUACCGGUAGCAAGACAAAAAGGGCUUUCUCUGCUUCCUGCCUGUCUGUGACCCCUCCCUCACUGCCCUUUUUUGUGUGUCAUGGAUCAGGAAGCACGUGCUGACGCACCAGAAGUACAUUGACGUGUUGAUCAGGAGCAUGGAGAAGGAGGGCCUCACGCCGGUGCCGGUCUUCAUCACCGGCGUGGAGGCGCACACCAUCGUCAGGGACCUCCUCACGACAUCGUACGAGCAGCAACAGAGAAACAGGUGAGUGACAGACAGACAGACAAACAGGCAGGAAGGAACAAAGAAUGGAAAAGAAUGUGAUCAACAUACAUGUGUGUGGUGUGCUCUCUCUAUCGUGUUGUCUUGCCCGCUUCCGCGCAACCAACCCAGGGGUGUGAUCGCCAACGAGGGUUUGAGCAAGGACGCUAUCGCAGUGGAGGCGAUUGUCAACACCAUAGGAUUCCCACUUGUGGGCGGACCUGCAGGCUCCAUGGAAGCCGGCAGACAGGUAUGCAUGCGCACAUGCACACACGCACUAUGUCUCUAUUACCUACACGCAAUCUGCUUGUUCAUGGCGCGUGUUCUGUCACGGCACCAGACUGAGGUGUCGACCCAGCUGCUGUCGUCCAAGAACGUGCCCUAUCUGGUGGCGGCCCCGCUGCUGGUUCAGGACAUCCCCAGCUGGAUGCGCAACGGCGUCCAGGGCCUCCAGUCAGUCGUCCUCUUCGCCCUUCCCGAGCUGGAUGGGGCCGUCGACCCUGUCGUCCUGGGCGGACUCGUCGCUGACAAAAUCGCACUUGUCCCCGAACGGUAAACAAAGACACGGACGAACCAACAGCCAGCAAGGGGUGUUCUCGCUCCACCCUCCCGUGUUGUGUUGUGCUGCAUCUUGCCCUCAGUGUGCGGAAGCUUGCCGCUCGUCUCAACGGCUGGAUUCGUCUGCGGAACACUCCGCCCAAGGAGCGCAAGAUCGCCAUCAUCCUCUACGGCUUCCCACCAAACGUCGGGGCAACCGGCACGGCCGCGCUGCUCAACGUGCCCGACUCCCUCCAGGGCCUCUUGGAGCAGCUCAAGACACAGGGCUAUGACCUGGGACCAGCCGUGGGGCCCGAUGGCAAGGUCGACGGGGAGGCUAUCGUGGCGGCUCUCAAGGUGCUGGUGCAGGACCCGUUGGUGCGCGCCGGUCCCAAGUACAUGCGGAGUGCGAUUGUGAAUGCCGCCCGGGAGGAGAGCGCCCGCAGCCUGGUGUCGGGCCCUGCCCUCAACAUCAACUCGACAUGGCUUCGACACGCCCUCAAGGACGACCCCAACCUCAUUAGGGCACAGGUGAGUGAAUACCGAGUCAGACCGAAGAAACUGAAACAUAGAAGGUGAGGCAGGCGAUUUGUCUAACUAUGUUUUCCCAUCUGACACGCAGGGCAUCACGUCAAAGCGGCUGCGUCGUGCGCUGCGUCCCAUCCUGGCGUCGAAGGUGGAGAAGGGCUGGGGCGAGCUGGAGCAGGUCAACUUCAUCGGCCAGAGCAGCGAGGGGGAGUUCGUCGUCCAGGGCGUACAGCUGGGCAACGUCUGGAUCGGAGUGCAGCCCCUACUCGGUAUCCAAUGAGACUGACACGCUCAUACACCGUCUGACAAAACGGUUGUGUUUUGUGUAGGUUUGGAGGGCGAUCCGAUGCGCCUGCUGUUCGAGCGUGACCUCACCCCUCACCCGCAGUAUUUUGCUUUCUACGAGUGGCUCCGCACGGGACUUGGGGCGCAGGCCUGCGUCCACUUCGGCAUGCAUGGCACAGUAAGACAGACACACUAGACAGCAGAAAACAGCGCACACUCGUCCGCCCACCAGCUGCACAUGUUCAUAGUGCUUGCUUCCUCCCGUCAGGUUGAGUGGCUGCCCGGCUCCCCCCUGGGCAACACGGGCCUCACCUGGCCCGACCGACUACUGGGCGACAUCCCCAACGUCUACAUCUACGCCGCCAACAACCCGUCAGAGUCCAUCCUCGCCAAACGGCGCGGCUACGGCACACUCGUCUCACACAAUGUGCCUCCCUACGCACGGGCGGGUCUCUACAAGGAGCUGGCGCUGCUCAGAGACCUUAUUGGCGAGUACCGAAGCGAGCCUGACAAGAACCAGGCUCUCAAGCCGGCGAUAGUCGAGAAGGUGCGCUUGGUGGGGCUGUUCCAGGACUGUCCCUGGGAGGGCACCGACACGGCCGAGGAGGGCGUGCUGUCGACCGAUGAGGCGGACAAGGUGGACAGCAAGGCUUUCGGCGACUGGCUCUUCAAGCUCAACGACUACCUCCUCGUGCUGGAGCAGCGGCUCUUCUCCGAGGGGCUCCACUGCCUGGGCCACCCCCCCUCCCAGAGCCAGAUGCUUCAGUACCUGGAGGGCUACUUCGCCGAGGACCCCAACAUGCCCCACCUGGCCCUCGAGCUCAUCGCCAACAUGACUCCCUCCCAGUCGGUCUUCGACGUGCUCCACCACCCCUCCAUCAGGCCGCUGCUCACCCCGGCAGAACUCGCUCUGGACGAGGGCGUGCGUGUGGCCGACCUGACCCCCGCAGACAAGUACCAGGCGUCUCUCCAGGGGCUCGACAAGCUGUCCUUCGGCGUCCGCCGGUUCUUCGGCGAUAUGGGGAUGAAAAAGGUCAAGGACGAGGUGGACCUGGAGGUGCAGAUGGGCACUGCCUCUGGUGCCAACAUGGCCUUGAGCAAGACGCGGGCAGCCGAGAUGCAGCGGCGAGGGGUGGGAGUGGAGGGCCGGCCUGUGUCUGAGACUGAGGGGGGCGGGAUGGGGAUGAGGGGGCGGAUCGAGGAGGCCAUGGAGAUACGCAAGCUGCUCAUGAGGAACGAGGAGGAGCUCUCGGCCGUCGUCAGGGCACUCAACGGCGAAUACAUCAGACCAGGUGACGAACCAACGCAAAAGAGGAGGCAGAACGCAUCGCAGCAUCACACACACGUGUGUCUCUCACUCAUCCAUGGUGUUAUCAGCUCCUGGAGGAGAUCUUCUGAGGGACGGGGCGGGUGUGCUGCCCACUGGCCGCAACAUCCACGCCCUCGACCCCUACAGGAUGCCCUCACCGGCAGCCGAGCAGCGCGGCAAAGUCGCUGCCGACAAGAUCCUCGAGGAGCAGAAGGGCGCAGGGGGCGUGUUCCCCGAAAGCGUCGCUGUCACUCUCUGGGGCCUUGACGCGAUCAAGGUGACUUGACACACUCGUCACCAACACUCUCAUACAGAAACAGUAUGUAUGUAUGUUGUCUUGGUGCAGACGAAGGGCGAGAGCGUGGCGAUUGUGUUGGCUCUAGUGGGUGCGCGGCCCGUCAAGGAAGGCACCGGGCGGAUCGUCAAGUUCGAGCUGAUACCUCUGGAGGAGCUGGGCAGGCCGCGGAUCGACGUCCUCUGCAGUCUGUCGGGUAUCUUCAGAGACACGUUCGCCAACGUCGUGGACCUCCUCGACGCCCUGUUCGAGCAGGCCGCAGAGGUACACACACACACACACACACUUGUGUGUGUGUCGUAGAUGCGUCCAGAAACAUGAUUCAUUCUGCCCUGGUUGGUGUAUCAGGCCGAUGAGCCGAUCGAGAUGAACUACAUCAAGAAGCACGUGCAGGAGCUGCAAGCCAAGGGCAUCGACCGCCCCACCGCCCGGCUCUUCAGCAACCCCGCAGGCGACUUCGGCUCAAUGGUCAACGAGCGGGUGGGCAACGGCGAGUGGGAGGAUGGCAAAGAGCUGGGCGACACCUGGGCGGCGCGAAACGGCUUCUCGUUCGGCCGCAAGACCGAGAAGGGCACGGCGCGUCCCGAGCUGCUGCGCGAGCUGCUGAGUUCGACUGAGCGGAUCGUGCAGGAGAUUGACAGUGUGGAAUAUGGCCUGACGGACAUCCAGGAGUACUACGCCAACACGGGUGCGCUCAAGAAGGCAGCGGACAACGCGCGGGAGUCGGCGGGCAAGAAGGGCAAGGUCAAGGUGUCCAUCCUGGAGUCCUUCUCAAAGGCCGUCGAACCGAGAGACCUCGAGCAGACACUGAGAAUGGUCAGUCCAGUGGCCAGCGCAACCUACACAAGAUGGUCCUGUCGUCCAUCCAUCCAUCCAUCCAUGUGUGUGUGUGUGCGUGUGCAGGAGUACCGCACGAAGCUGUUGAAUCCCAAGUGGGCUGAGGCGAUGGCCAAGCAGGGCAGCGGCGGGGCCUACGAGAUCAGCCAGCGCAUGACCGCCCUUGUGGGCUGGGCGGGCACCACUGACUUUGCUGAAGACUGGGUCUACGAUGGAGCCGCUGAAAGGUCACAAGAGACAGACAUUCAUUCACACGAGCCCGAAGAGAGAGAGAGAGGGGGGGAGAGUGGCAGCAGGUAAUUCCUUUCUAAAUCUUGGUGUGUGGGUAUGGCGGGGCGUGGUGCUUGCCUGUGUGUUUAGGUAUGCGAUGGACGAGGCCAUGGCCGAGAAGCUGCGGAAGGCCAACCCCGAGGCGUUUCAGAACGUGCUGCGUCGGAUGCUGGAGGCUAAUGGCAGGGGGUUCUGGAAGGCCGACGAGAAGACCCUCGACAAACUGAGGGAAAUGUACAGCCAAACGGAAGACGAAAUUGAGGGUGUCAGGUGGGAAUGAGAUGAGAUGAACGGG